AUGUACUACACACCAAACUCCAACCCCAAAACUAAACCCUUAUAAUUACCCCACACGCACACACAAGCAAACCCUCACAUCUCAAGUUAAGAGAAAUAUCUCUAAACAAAUAUGAACGGCAUGAGUGGAUCUUCUCAGACGGCUCCGGCACCUUCACCAUCGGCGUUCUUCCAACAUCGCCGCCGUCAUCACGGUGGCAUGAUGCACAUGACUUUCUUUUGGGGCAAAAACACGGAGGUUCUAUUCGACGGCUGGCCAGGGACCAAUCUGACCAUGUAUUGGGUCUGCCUCGCCAGCAUUUUCGUCUUUUCUGCAUUUUCAGAGUAUAUUUCGCGGUGCGGAGUCAUGAAAGCUGGUCCGGCUAGCUUUGGCGGCGGGCUUAUCCAGACGGUGGUUUACACUGUGAGGGCUGGUUUGUCUUAUUUGAUCAUGUUGGCUGUGAUGUCAUUCAAUGGAGGAGUCUUCUUGGCUGCAAUGGCUGGUUUUGGAUUAGGGUUUAUGAUUUUUGGAAGUAGGUCUUUUAAAGACACUGGUAGUAAUAACAAUCACACCGAGGUUCAGUCACAUUGUUGAUUCAUAUUUGUUUUGUGGCUUUAUCGUUUUGUUUUUUUUCCCCUGAAAGUCUGAAAUAGCAAUAAUGAUGAAAAUAAAAUCUUCCAACAUUUUUAGAUC